CGUCCUGUGGCGAGCCGCCCAGAGUUCCCGGUGCUAAGGUGUUCGGGAAGAAGCGUUUGCGUUUCGAGACGAACUCCAGGCUGCGGUAUUACUGUGAGGACGGCUUCCUGCAGAAACUCAACCCCGUGAUCAGCUGUCUGCCCAGCGGCCAAUGGGAGGAGCCGCUGAUCACCUGCAUCCAAGCCCCUUCAAAGGAAGAAGACCCAGUGACAUCACUUCCUGUGCGGCGUGAGGAGGUCACGGAGAUCACGGAGGUCACGGAGAUCACGGAGGUCACGGAGAUCACGGAGGUCACGGAGGUCACGGAGGUCACGGGGGUCCAGGAAACAGUCACAGAGAAAACUGUGUGGCUCUUCUAGGACAUCAAGUGGGUCGACUGAAGCCUAUGAAAAAAAAAAAUCUUCUUUCCAUAUUUUAUUUGGUCCUUAAAAGUCAAUUUUCUGCAUUAAAGUUAAACUGUAUAAAUCUAACCUUUAAUAUUCAAAUCAUUUCGACGCCACCUGGAAAAGCUGUAAUCCAAAUGUGUGUUUUUCUGUAAAAUCGAAAUACUUUUGGUAAAUUACGCAAUACGAAACCUUAAAAACAACCCCGAGCUAAAAUGUAUCUUUGCACAGGUGACAUCUUUCUAAAGACUCUCCACUUCUUUCGGUGCUUUGUCUUUCUCUAUCUGUUUUCCAAUAUGAACCGUCAGUAUGAUGAGAAAGUUUAAUUUAAAAUGUGUAAAUAUUAUCUACACAAAGACGCACAUUUUUGGGGAUCAAUGAAGUAAAAAAGCAAGUAUUUCUUAUGUACCGUCUCUUUUCUAGUUUGUAGAACUGUAAUACACUUGUAACAAUGCAGGUGGUGUUGAUUGUUUAUCUAAUGAACGUAAUAAAUGUAUAAGUAGAGAUAAUAUAGUAAACAUGAAUACGAUGAAAAAGGAGAAAUAAAAUGGAUUUUUUUAAA